GCCGAGCACGUGCGGUACGAGAGCACCGGCCCCGCGCUCUGCACCGUGGUCUUCCUGCUCGUCUAUUUCUUCGGCAUGGCCAGCUCCAUCUGGUGGGUCAUCCUCUCCCUCACCUGGUUCCUGGCCGCCGGCAUGAAGUGGGGCAACGAGGCCAUCGCCGGCUACGCCCAGUACUUCCACCUGGCUGCCUGGCUGCUCCCCAGCGUCAAGUCCUUCGCCGUGCUGGCGCUCAGCUCCGUGGACGGUGACCCCGUGGCCGGCAUCUGCUACGUGGGCAACCAGAGCCUGGAGAACUUGCGGGGCUUCGUGCUGGCACCGCUGCUCAUCUACCUGGCCAUCGGCUCCAUGUUCCUGCUCGCUGGCUUCGUCUCACUCUUCCGCAUCCGCAGCGUCAUCAAGCAGCAGGGUGGCCCCACCAAGACCCACAAGCUGGAGAAGCUGAUGAUACGCCUGGGGCUCUUCACCGUGCUCUACACCGUGCCAGCGGCCAGCGUGGUCGCCUGCCUCUUCUACGAGCAGCACAACCGGCCCCGCUGGGAGGCCACGCACAACUGCCCCUGCCUGCGCGACCAGCAGCCUGACCAGGCCCGCCGUCCGGACUACGCCGUUUUCAUGCUCAAGUACUUCAUGUGCCUGGUGGUGGGCAUCACCUCUGGCGUCUGGGUCUGGUCUGGCAAGACCCUCGAGUCCUGGAGGGCCCUCUGCACCCGCUGCUGCUGGGCCAGCAAAGGUGCUGCCGUGGCUGGGGGCACGGGGGCAGGAGCAGGCGGGCAGGCGGCCAUCGCUGCCACAGGAGGACUUGGGGCCGGAGGCGGUGGCUCCCUCUACAGCGAUGUCAGCACUGGCCUCACGUGGAGGUCGGGCACUGCCAGCUCCGUCUCCUACCCCAAGCAGAUGCCCCUGUCUCAAGUGUGAGGAGGGGGAGAGAGGCCAAAGGUUAGGGAAUGAGAGGGACACUGGCCUGCCUAAAAUGCCCCCUCACUGUUUGGUGCCAUUAAUGAACCCCUAAUGGUCCUUAUUAGCCACAGCUUGUAUAGAACAAUGCAGCUGGCAGAGGCCCCAGGCUCCAGCCCCCUCCUCCUUCCCCGCCAUUCAUAUGCAGGGAGCAUGUACUUCAAGGAGCCAGCUUAUUAUUUUGCUGGCAGAGGAGGGUGGAGGCUCACCCCUGUCUUGCAGAGGGCAAGGCGCAGCGGCUUCUGAUUCACGCUGGACUAACAGCAUCUCUUCCCUCGUGGGAGGGGGAGGGUCUUCCUCCCCUCAGCCCGAGGUGGGAGCCUGCCAGGACUGCAAGGUUUUUGGGAUACCGGUGACCAGGCAAAUGCCUUACAGUACAAACUGAAUCAAAACAUGUCUUAAUUAUACACCCCAGCUAAAUACGGGUUUACUACAUUAAAGGAUGUAUUUAUAUAAUUAUUUGUUACCUUGUACAGAUGUGUAAAAUAUGUAUAUAUCCAAAGAUAUACAGUCUGUAAAUUUUUUUUGUAAAAAAGUUUAGAGGCUACCCCUGUAAGAGCAAAUAUGAGUAUUCUAUUUUGUCAAUAAAAUGACUUUUGAUAAGUGA